AUGACACAAAUACAUUAUACGAUUUAUGAAACAGUAUACCGUCGAUAUGGAAGAAUACUACAAAUUGAUUAUGAAUAUGAAGAAACAAAAUCCGAACAGAUCGAAGAGAACAUGCAGGUUAGACAAGAAAAACUUGAAAAAAAAUAUACAGCAUCAUUUAAGCGCGACGAAUAUGAACGUAUUGCAAAUCAAAUGAAAUAUCAACGCGAUGUAUUACCGUUUGAUGCGUUUGUUAAAAUUAUUCGGCCAUUCCUGAUGGGUACCUACGCGGCUAAUGAAAUUCGCGAAGCAUUUCUUUUACUCGAUACGGAUUCGUCGAAUACAAUUGAUUUAUAUGAAUUAUCAGCUUUUAUUUCAGUUAUACAUCCAAAUAUGAGCAAAGAUGCUAUUUUAAAUUUCAUUCAUAAAGUAUCGAAAAAUGGCCAACAAGAAAUCGAUUUCAAUCAAUUUGUUCAAAUGGUUUUAGAAGGUAUCGGACGAGAUAUUGUAUGUGGCCAUAUUUAA